AUUCCGGGACUUAAAGCAGACAAUCUCUAUUUCGAGAGUAUUUUAAUCUUCUCAAUUCUUUAAUUUCUCUCUUUCAUUAUUCUCUAUAAUAAUUAUAUCAUUUACAUACAUCAGUAGGACUGACUCCCCCUGGCAUUAAGUGUUUGAUGAAUAGGGUGUGAUCUUCCUAACUAUGUUUGUAGUCCGUGGAUAACAUUACCCUAUAAAUUCUCUCAAACCAUGCAUGAGGGGAUUGUUUAAACCCAUACAAUGCCUUUUUUAGUUUGCAUACCUUAUUCUUUUGUUCUCCUUUGGCGAACCCGAGAGGAAUCUCCAUAUAAAUUUCCUCUUCCAAUUUCCCAUCCAAGAAGCCAUUAUUCAAAUCAAAAUGCUAUGGCUGUUAAUUGAAGUAACCAGUUAAGGAUAAUACCGUAUUUGUCCUUGCAACAGGUGUAAAGGUCUCAUGUGAGUCAAUUCCCUUGAUCUGGGUGUACUCUUUGGCCAUUAGUCUUACCUUGUGUCUCUUGAUAGUUUUAUUAUAUUUAUACUUGAUAAUGAACAUCCAUUUGCAGCCCAUUAGUCUUUUCUCUUUAGGUAGAUCUACCACUUCCUAAAUCUGGUUUUUUUUAAGUGCUUGCAUUUCAAUAUUUAUAGCAUCUUUUCAAUUCUCAUUGGUUAAAAUCUCAUAUAAUGUUUGUGAAUGGAUGCUGCUUUCAGGUUCAUAAGAAACUUUUUGUGAAUUGGAGAACAAUUUUCAGAAGACACAAAGUUUGAAAUUAGAUAGAGAGGAUGCUUAGUGCAUUCUCUAGUCCAUUUUUUGUCUACAUAGGUAUAUCAGUAUUAGAAUGACAAUGAUUCUUUGAGUUUACCUUGUUUCCAGUGCUUGGCUUGGAUUCUUGAAUAUACUUCAGAUUAGAGUUGAAGUUUUUUUUUCUUGACUAUACCUGAUCAAACGAGGGUCUUGUGUAGUUUGAGGUUCAGGCUCAUUUUGUUUAGCUUGGGAUUUGGGCUCAUUUAGUAGGUUAUGAUCUUCUUGUGAGAUGGUGGGCUCAGAAAGUAUAGAUUUAUUAUUUACAGGCAAAGGAGGAACGUCAAAAAAUGAGUCUCCCUUAUCUUUUUAUGGUCUCCUUCUGAAGAUAAAGUUGGUUAAAGAAAAAUAAGGUCUCAACAAAGGUCAUAUUAAUGGAUACAUAAAAUUUCUUUAUGGAUGAGUGGUAAGAUUUGUAUACUUUUUGAGUGGAUGAAUAUCCCACAAAGACAAACUUGAUGUCCUUGGGAUUGAGUUUCUUUUUUUUGAAACUGAUGUAUUGAACAUAGGUAAUACAUUCAAAUACAAUAGGGAUAAGAUCAUUGGUGAUUCGUACGUUUGGAAAUAAUAUAGUUAUAACUUCUAGCGGACUUUGAGGCCUAGUACUCUAAAUGGUAACCGGUUGAUAAGAUAUGUCGAAGUUACCACAGCUUCCCCCUGGUAGUGUUUAGGUACAUGGUUUUGAAAUAGGAAGGCACACGUGGUAGUGAUGGCUGUGUUUUUGUUCUGCGACUUUUUUCAUUGUGGAGUAUAGACACUAGAAAAUUCAUGAACAAUUCAUUCAUUUUGAAAAACAGGGGGUUAAGGAUUGGUUAAAAUAAUAUUGGACAUUAUAGUUUUAAAACAUUUAAUUGUAACUCCAAAUUGUGUUUUAGUUAUGGUAUAAAGUUGAGGAACAAUACAACUCAAUUUAAUUUUAAAUUUUAAUAGGAAAAAAGCCAAGUACCUGAGUAUAAUAAUCAACAAAAGAAAUAAACCACUAUGUCCUAGAGAUGUCAUGAGUACGAAAGGGACUCCAAUCAUUACCAUGAAUCAAUUGAAAAGGAAAACACUUAUUUUAUUUUUAGGUGUAAAAGGUUACACAAAGGUAUUUUGCCAAUUCACAUAGAUUGUAGUGUAAACUUUCAUUAUCGAAAUUAGAAAAAGAAAGAAAAACAUAACCUUAAGGGUGGAGAAAGAAGGGUGUCAUAUUCUCUUUUGAUACGAUCAUAACUUAUAUAAUGUGCCAGUAGAGAGAAUGAUGCUGUUACGCCAAGUGCAUCCAGGAAUUAUAACUUGUCUCAAGCGUUCUGAAAUUCAUAAAGAGAAGAAAAAAAAUCACUUUGCUAUUAAGGUCAUGAGAUAAUUUGGUUACUGAUAUAAGAUUUGUACACAGUUUAGGUACAUGGAGAGCAUCCCUAAGAUUGAGUAGGAAUUAAGAUUUAUGUUUCCGAUUCUUGCUACUCUGGUUAAAAAUCAUUAAAAGUGAAACUUUUCCUAUUGUUGAGACAUAGAGUAUAAGUGUUAAACAAUUAAACGGAGUUGGUCAUGUGGUCGGUAGCUAUUGAGUUGACAAUUUAUGAUAAUGUAAUCUAAGACAGUUAAACUGAGAAAUAGGAAAAAUACCUGAAUGUGCUGUGAGAUCUGUACCUUUAGGUUUCCUAGUUGCUCAAGUUGGAUCUAUAUUCGUUUAAUUUCUGCGUUGAAAUACAAGCUUCUAUGUUCUUUUGUUCCUGAGAUACAUGUGCCUGUUUCUAAUUCUUCUUAUAUCCUCAAUCCUUUCUAGAUGUGGUUGGCUUUCCAUGAAGUUUCCAUCUUUUGGGUGUGCUUCGUUUUUUUUGUAGUAGGUACACAAGAGAUUUUCCCUGUCCUAGGCAAUAGUUGAGGUCUCGUUGUUAUUUGAUUCAUUCCAUUUUGGACGUGGUUUGGAACCUUUAGUUACCAUUGCGGAGCCAUUUAAGCAUAAUUCCUCUUCUAUUUUUCUUUGCAUUAGUUAGGAUAUCACCUCAUUUAGAGAUGACAUCUCUUCCUUCUCUAAGAUCUGGACUCUCACCUGAUCAUAUUCCUUAUUGAGUCCUGUCAUAAGUUGGUAUACCCUAUCUUUGUCAAAAAAUCUUUUCAAGAUUGAUAUCAUGAUAUUGAUUAUGUUCUUGCCAUAAGCCUUUUAAAAGGUUGGAAUAUUCUGUGAUUGUCUUGUUGUCUGGUUGGUUGUCCCAGGUUUGACGGUCAAAUCAUAUAUAGGCUGCAUCUUUUUCCUUGGAAUAGGUUUCUCAGAUCAAAUCCCAAAUUUCCUUUGCUAUAGGCAAGUACGUAACUAGUUUACUAAUCUUUGCUGCCACAAAGUUCUUGAGCUAGACAAUGAUCAUAGAAUCCUCCUCAUCCCAAGCAUUAAAAGUGGGAUCUUUCAGCUUUGAUUCAGUGCUAAGGAGAUGACUUUGCUUUCCUCUGCCCUUGAGAGUGGCCUGAAUCAGUUGUGACCAACUCCUUUGCUGUUGAAAUGAUAGACAGUUUGGAUUGGUUGAAAUUUGCCAUAGUUUUGUACUGGGUUUGCCAUGUGGGGUUUUGUUCCAGUACUUUAGGAUGUAACUUCCGACAUGAUUUUAAAAUUUGAGACAAUUAAGACUGAUUAAAUAUACCUUUCUCGGCCUUUUGGCUAAGAUCAAAUGUAAUAUCUGUUCUUAUCAGUUUAAUUUAUCUAAAAAAAAGACUGACUAAAUAAGUCAAGAAAUAAGGAUAUUACUAGUUGGACAGGGUUUGUGGCAUGAUUGAGCAGUGGCGGUUGAAUGCUACAUGACUGGUGGAAGUUGCUGGCUGGAGCUGAUGCAACAGAGAGUAGCUGCAUUGUGAAGGUCUAUUGUUUUCCAGUUGCCUUGGUGGUGGUUGUGGCAGAGGAUAGGCCUGCAGUUGUUGAUGCACUUGGUGGUUGCAUCUGCAAGGGACUGUGGCUGGUGGCAUGCGCUGCAAGUCUGGUCAUGUGCAGGAGCUGUGAAUGGUGGUAAAGAAGGCUGGCGGACCAGUCAAGCAGCUGUAUAGUGAGCUGCAGUCUGCGGGAGGAGGAGCCACAACUUGUGGCUUUGUUGAUCUUGUUGCCGGCAAUGAAGGCCAGAUUUGGCUGCUGGUAGCCAGCAGUUGGACUGAGGCAGCAGGCUGGGAAGCUGGCUUCACCUGUUUAGAGGUUUCUCUUAUUUUGACAAUGAAGGCCGAAUAGAGUUUUCAAAUGAGUUCUAGAGUCUCUUUAACCCAGUGCCCAGAUACCAUGUGAAGAAUGAAAUAUAAAUUUUUUUGAAUAAUAAAACUCUAUACAUACAGAUUUAUAUAGAUAAUAGAAGGAAACCCUCUUAAUAAUAUAUAAGAGGUAUAUUACUAAUACCCUUUAUCCUAUUUACUACACAAAUACACUUCCCAACAAAAAUUAUUCCUAGUUCUUAUCUUUUUUUUUUUAGUUUUCACUCUCUUCUUCUUUAAUUUUUCUCAGUAAAGUCAGCCAUGCUUUUCUUUAUCUCCAUUGUCCUUCUUUGGCCUUUGUUCUAAGUGCAUAGAGCACUGAAUACAUCGUCGUUAUUGUUUUAUGAUUAUAACUGUUGCUGCUUCCUUUUGGGUUGGAUCUUAAGUUUUCACUUUCUUCCCCCCCUUUUCUUAAUUGGUUUCAGCUAAUACUUCUCAGAGCCAAAAUUCUAGUAUGCCGUUUGUAGGUGGUUCUGUAAUUUACAUGUAGAUCUAUUUAAUACAUCUAGGAAUGAGUUUUUAACAUUGUAAUAUCAAAUGUUCUAUUUUGUUCCGUUUUUUAAUAUUUCUAGAUAAAUAUAACCUGUUUGAGUCUGUUUCAUCAGUUAUUGUUUCUAAUUCCCAAUGAGGUUAAGUUAUUUCAACUUCUGUAUCUCACAGAAAGUUAUUCCGACUGCUUGGAAUGAUGAGCCAAACUUUGUAAACAUAAACCACACAGUGGACUUAUUUCUUUGAAAAUUUGGCCAGAACUACUACCUUUCAUUUCCACUUCCACAAGAAGAUCAAAGUUAUAUGGAGAACUAAAUACUCAAAAUCAUAUAAAUAGAGUCAAAUCAUCUUGCACUGAAAUGUAUUAUCCUGCUUAUUUGCUUGCUAUUGAACAUCAUUGGUUUAGAACCCUCUAAUGAUCAUCCCGUUCUGAUGAGGCUGGUAUAGCUGAUCUAAUUGGUUACUUAUCUUGAGACGUUUGUAAUCUGUAUGUGUGUAUAUAAGUAGCACGUCUAGGUGCUUCUUUUAAUAAAUGUUCUAUUUCUCUCUCUCUCUCUCUAAAAAGGGGGAGAAAUGAGAGGAGAAUAAACUGCUACCUUGAACCAAUGAACUAGGGUGCUGGACAGGGGGAGGGGGUUGUGGUUGUGCCUCAGCAUGGGUAUUUUUUCAUUAAUUUUGCAUCAAAAUCGGAGUUUAGUGCACUUGAAGUUUUAGCUAUAUGAUAUUGUCUUGAGCAGAUCUCCCGGAAAAAGUGAAGGCAACCAAUCAAUAUGGAUCUGUCCUGUCUUGGCAACAAUUAAAAUAAUCGUGUGUGCCUUGUACUUGUAUUUCUGCAGUGUGAAGUGGAUAUAUAAAAUUGACUCAAUCAAUAUAAAUAGGUGGAUUAGGAUUGAAGAUGUGAAAAUCAAAAUCAUGGUUAACCCGUUUCCAUCAGUGCUUUUGUUUUCAUCUGACAUACUUUCCUUGCUGAUGAAAGAUUUGUUUUUGUUGACAGUUCAGGCGCAUAGCAAAUGUCUACUUUCUUGGGAUCUCAUGUUUAUCAAUGACACCAAUUAGUCCUGUGAAUCCAAUAACGAACGUCGCCCCUCUGACCUUGGUGCUUCUUGUUUCUCUUGUUAAAGAGGCAUUUGAAGAUUGGAAGCGCUUUCAAAAUGAUAUGUCUAUAAAUAAUAGUCAAGUAGAUGUUCUGCAAGACCAAAUGUGGGUGCCAAUUCCAUGGAGAAAGUUGCAGGUUGGAGAUAUUGUCAGGGUGAAGCAGGAUGGGUUUUUUCCUGCAGAUCUUCUUUUUCUUGCUAGUACAAAUCCAGAUGGUGUCUGCUAUGUUGAGACUGCAAAUUUGGAUGGGGAAACAAAUUUGAAAAUUAGAAAGGCACUGGAGAGAACUUGGGAUUUCUUGACCCCUGAGAAAGCCUCUGAGUUCAAAGGUUAGUGCUUUUUGCAAUCCCGUCUGCCAAUUGUAAGCUUUCGAGUCUGCUAGAGAAUACAAAUAUCCUCUGCAGUCUAUCAGAGGAUACCAGUAUUGACAAUUCCUAUGUAGUUUAUUAUUUAUUCAUGUUCCAGUUUUAGCAUAGGUAUCCCAAUAGAAACCAUAUAUCAUUUAUCCAACAUAUUAACCGGGCAUUUUGGCAGAGGAAAAAAGAGGAGGAACACGGAAAUAUCUCAGUUUAUUCUUCUAACAGUGGAAUGUUUCCGUUGACAUACUUUCCCAAGCGUAGUCCAUUUUUAUUCCAUUUAUUAACGUUCUUCUAAAAGUAGUUACUUUUCCGAUUAUAACAAGCCAGCCCCAAACUUGGAAGGUGUAAGUGGAGAGAGAAAGUAGUUUUUGUGAAAGUCUCCUUUUUGUCAGGUUAUUUUCCUUAGCCUGCUGAAAAAACUAUGGCUAUUGUUCCAAGAAGUUUCUGGUCAUUGGACAGAAAACUUACACUUCUGAGAAUGGGUUUCACUACAGGUUCUUGGACCUUUUUUUCUAGCUUGAGAUAAGAUGGUUUUUUAGGUUGCUUAUGAGUUGUUUUGGUCAGAGGACAUAACUUCUGGAGUGAGAGUGCGAUCAUACUCAUUCUCUACAUAAGGGAAGAAAUGCCAAAGGAAGUUUUCGAGCUUAAGGAACUCACUCAAAGCAGGUGGAAAGAGAAAGAUUUUUUGGAGGAUACUUGGGUUAAUGGCUGGUGUAGGCUGUUCGGGGCAGUGACGACAUCUGCAGCCUAAGUUUGAAAGAAGGUAAAGAAGUGAUGGGGGAUCUAAUAUUGUGUGGCAAUAAAGAAUAAUCGCAUGGCUCUGAGCUGUUUCCUAGCAAGGCAGUAAAAAGAAUCAGCUCCUUGGGUGGUUAGGUUGGUGGUAAGAUUGAGUCAGUGGCUCCUCCUAAAUCCUUUUCCAAGGCGCUGGAGAAACGUAUGAAUCUCACUGGAUCUUCCUUGAGAAGUGGCAAGUGGAAAUGGUCUAGCUUCAGGGAUAUUCCCCUGUCUCCUUGGGUUGGUAGAUUGGUGGUUUCCACACUACGGGCGAAAGCUCAUGAACGUUUUUCUGAUAUUGCGCUAUCUGUACUUCAUAUGAAUUGGGACAUGAUAGUCUUGUAAUCCUCUGGAUUAGGAUUUAUGGCUAUAUAAAUUUUUUGUUUUCAUUUUUUAUUCUAUUUGUGUGUCUUGUUUUUUUGCAUCUUCUAGUUUUAGAUUCAAGGAGGAUCUCUUGUUCUUCUCAGAUGUAAUUUUUUCUUUCUCUAUCUAAUAAUAUUUCUUUUUCUAUCACAAAGAUUUUUGGUUUCCACAUUUAUAGAGGAAUCUUUCGCUGAAUAGCUAGCUAUUUGUCUUAGCCGCCCGGAUUCCUUUUUAACCAUUUGUCUGUCUGCCUGGAUUGGGUGUUUCUAGAUGGUAUCUAUUCCUUCUAGGAUUGAGAAUAUGGCUUAAAUUGGAGGGCAUCAUAGGUCUUAUCAAGUUGUGAUGGGAUGAGACUAGCCCUGUGGUAAAUAGUUGCGUUAGAAUUUCCUCCAGGCUAGCUCGUGUUAAAGGUAAAGUGAAGCACUGGAGUAGACAGACCUUUGGUGCAGUGGCUGGCUGUCAGGAUGAGUUGUUGGCUAUUAUUGCUAAGUUGGGCAGAUUUGAGAAUCCCACUAGUCAUCUGGGGCU